GAGUUUUCCGCCGCUGUCAAGGGCAUCGACAACUAACGUUAGCUGAACUUAGCAGCGGUUGCUCACACGUGUAUUUAAAGAAGAUCGAUUAAAGCUACCGUUUUCAGUAUCGACUCUGGUGGCAAUGGACGGGUUUGGUUCAGACUUCUCAGCAGGAGGAUCAGGCGGUAAAAUGGACCCCGGCGUCAUCAUGGAGCAGGUCAAGGUCCAGAUCGCGGUGGCUAACGCUCAGGAGUUGCUACAGAGAAUGACAGACAAAUGCUUCAAGAAGUGUAUAGGUAAACCUGGAAGCACGCUGGACAACUCUGAGCAGAAAUGUAUUGCCAUGUGUAUGGACCGGUACAUGGAUGCUUGGAACACCGUGUCCCGAACAUACAACUCCAGAUUACAGAGGGAAAGGGCUCGUAUGUGAACAUCCCUCUUGUCAACCUUCCCUUCCUCAGACUGCUGCUUACAGUGAGAAGGAGCACAGUGCACUGCUGGAGGUCACAAGCUGUGCACAGGUGUGUCGUGGCAGCAGCUCUCUGUCAACUUCUGCCAUCAUACCUCACAGACAGGCAAGGAGAGCCUGUGGACUCUAGCCAUAACAAUGUCUCGGUGGACAUUUUCACUUUGCUCUUAGGAACAGUUCAGCAUCCAAGUGUGAUUAAUUAUGUUUUUAUGUUAUAAAUAAUUAAUUUUCUGGCUAACAAGUAAACAUGCAUUGUUAAAAGCUGCAGUGAUUAUCAGAUUUGCUUUUUGGACAGAAGCUGAGAAUGAAUUCGUUUUUCUUUACGUGUUAGCCCUGUGUCUUGUGCAAGGUGAACCCCACCUCUUGCACAUUGCAUGCUGGGAUAUGCUCAGUUGCCCUUUGCUCAUGAAUAGGUUAAACAAUUUAGAAUAUAAAUGUGUUGUUGCAAUGUGGCAGUCAUAAAUUAGUUAACUGUAGCACUAAGGCCUUUGUUUUUUGUCAUACAUAUAGCAGUAUGUCUUCACUACAGGAGUGUUUCAAUAGAAACACUUUACUCAGCCUGACACCUCCAUGCAGUCAAACUAAGGUUAAAUGUUUCUUGUCUUUAAUAGCCUGAAUAAUUAGGGCGCACGAUACCUAUAGCUGUAAACAGCGGUGUGCCCACACUUGUUUUCCAUUCUUUUCACUGUGAUUCUGCUCAGCGAGAGACUCAGUAUUUGUGCCUAAAGUAGCACAACUCGGAGCCCUUAAUGGACAACACAGGCUUUCCUUAACAUGCUGUUACUCCAAAAGACCUACUUAAAAUCACCAGGAAGAAUUAAAGAGCAACUUAGUGUUUUCACAACCGUGAACCUGACAUUCACAACCCCUUAAACAGUCCGAUAUCAAAGUACGCCUGGAGAACAAAACAGUAUUGUCUGACCUGUUUUCUAGUAGUCACUCUAUAUGCCGCCCUCCACAGUAGUGGUCUUGUUUCAGCAAGGUCUGCCUUGCUGUAGACGGAGUACUGAACCUUUCUCAAUUUUGUGUGCACCGUUUGUCAGAUGUCUGGGAACCAGAAUCCUUUUUUCUUCUGUCCUGCUGAGUUUGUGUAGGGAAGUAAGAACCAGAAAAGCAUGUGAACAUUAUUUGCAGUGUGACUGGAGGCGUGACUGUGAACAAAUGGAACGAUUUUCAUGAGAAUAAAGCUUGUAAAUCAG